AUGUCCCUGCUGCCCGUCAUUGUUGCCGGGAGGGAGCAACCCCCCUCCACCUUUGCUGAUUCGUGUCAGUUACGAAGAACGCCUUCAGACCCGCAUUCGCAUGCAUUCCCCCCUUUCGUCACGCAACCGGAAACACCUACCGUGCAUCUUCCUCACAGUGCCAAGAGAUGCGCGACGAGUCAGGUGCCAUUAAUCCGACGUGCCAACUUCACACGUCAAAUUAAUCCCAUCACCACGAGACCUGCCCGCGCCGGCCCACUUCUCCGGCCCACUUCUCCCCGCCAAACAGCAUCCAUCACGCGCGGGGGGAGGCCCACACUGUACACUUGCCGCGCAGGGGCGUCAGAGUGCGCCCCGCACAUGUCUGCAGUGCCCGCCUGCAACGCACCGGCCCCUCGCCCAGCCGGAAACCGAUCGCCCAACCCCCUCCGAUGCGCACUCGGCCGGGAAAGUGGGGAGGGGGGCCCUGACCACGUGCUACAAGCCUCCAACGUGGAGUGA